AUAUGGAAAAGAAGCUUGCAGAAUACAGAGCAAAGAAAGCAGAAGAAAAUACAUCUGUUGGAAAUCGUUUCUUUCAUAUCUUCAAAAGGAAACAAUGUGAUUCCCAUCAGGUGAAAACAGAUGAAAACAUUACCUCAAAUGAUGAACAGACCGAGCUGGAAAAAUCUACAGAAAAACCAUGGAACCGGACGCAGCUGACACUUACUGUUCUUAUGUGGGUCUUUGCCUGGCUCUUCUGUAUUGAACUUCAGUUUGGGGCAGUUUUCUUUGUGGUAUCAAUGAUAUUUUUUAUAUAUUACAACACAAGAACAGACAAAAGGAAACAGAAUAAACUUAGUGCCUACUCUGUGUUUAAUCCCAACUGUGAGAGGAUUGAUGGGACAUUUACUUCUGAACAGUUUGAAAAAGAAUUGCUCCAUGGUGCCAGUGCUGUGAGAAAUUGAUAAAAAUUGAUCUGAUUUUAUUUUAUUUUGACUUUUUUAACUAUUGAUUCCAUUGUUUGUGUAACAGUUUAUAGAUCUGCUUAAUUUUGAAGUAUGUACACUUUCUAUGAAUCUGAAAUCAUUAUACCUAGGGUCUCACAUAAUCAAUGUCCAUGUAUUUUUUGAAAUUUAGUUAACUUUAUUUUGUUGCAUAUUUUUAAUUGUUAAAUGUUUAUUAUUUAAUGAAUGGAGCAGGAAAUUUAUUUGUUAUAUGCGGAAAGGAACAUAUUAGUUUUUAACAAUAAAAAUAUUCUGCAUUGAUUUCUUUUUCUCUGUUCUCAAAUAAUUAAACCAGAUUAUGGGGAAUAAACAAA